AUGUGGUGGCUUUUUCAAGUCAUUCUCAGCGCCCUAUUCCUACUCAGCGUCGUUCUCUCAGUACCUAUCGCCUUCGAUGUCGGCGGCCGAGAUAGUGGCCUGGCGUACAGCCUAGCUCUUUUCCUCUACUACUUGUCCUACUCUACGAUAAGAGCGGCGACCACCGAAUCGCGAGCCGGACGGACGAUCAGCGGCGUCCUCCAUCUCUCACAAUGGGUUAUCAUACCUUCUCUUCUGAUAUGGGCCCUUGGCCGCUUCGCCGUCGAUGCUGGAAGUGCCCAUUGGGUGGAGAGGACGUUUGAGCACUUGGCGAAGCAGAAGCCCGCCACCUGGUCAGAGUGGAUAAGCGCUGUGCUGGAAACUGUAACUCUCGGCGGGUGGGAUAAGACCCUUCGGUACUCUAUUCCCGUUUUCCAGCUUCUCGAGGGUUUCUGCACCUUGUUGGUUAUCCAGGCCGCGGGGCAAGUGACGAGAUGGCUUGUGAACAGAGGACGAAGCGACACUUGGAUGAUCGCCCUCCUUGCCUUGUCCGGCUCCAUCAUUGCGAGCGCCUUCUACUUCCUCUGGCGCGUCGCGCAAUUCCCCCAUAUUAGCAACACCGAUGCUAUUCUCAUCGGCGUCACCAUGACUACGGCGGUUUUCCUGUGCGCCUUCGGUAUUACCAGCAGAAAGGGUAAUCCGGUCGAGUCCUCGCUGCUCUUCGCCUAUGUUGUUCUCUGCAUCUAUCAAAUCUUCACCGACUACCUCCCAUCUUCCGAUGCUGCAGCGGACCAGCAGCCAUCCUCGCAACCAGACUUCCCGCCAUUGCCCCCCAUAAUUAUGGCGUCCUACACCACUUUCCUCCAUAUGCUCGGAUCAUUACCUACCGCUGUACACUCUGCGUUCGCCCUUCUAUACGCCGCUUUCCAAACUACUACUUCAUCUGUCAUCAUCUCUCUUCUAUACCGAAUAAUAGUAUUCUACCUUGCCACGCGAAUCAUUCCCGCCGUCCGCGAGUACGGGGCUCAAGCGAUGAUUGAAGACUCAGCGCUUGAGGAUAGUGAUGGGGCGAAUAAGAUUCUCGAACUCCUUUCGUGGUUCGCACCGUCCGUUUUGAUCGCUAUUUAUACCAGCUUGCUUUUGCAGCACUUUACAGUCAAUGACGGACCCGACGGCUGGACGUUACGCGGCGGCGACGCCGCUGGGGGCAACCUUUGGAGAUGGGUCAAUGUUGCGGCGACUAUGGCCCUUUACACAAUCGAGCUCUAUCUCGGUAACGAUGAGACGAACCACUGGAAGGUCGAUUAA